ACUAACUCACAAAUACAACGACAAGGUUACGCUUUAUGAUGAAGACCUGCCGUCUGGUUUUCCUCAGCUCUCAGAUAAAGUGGAUAGUCACUUCUUAAAACCUAUCAUGGGACGACGGAUGGACAUCAAUGUGGUAGAUGAGAAUGACGACGCCAACGUUCUUGGCCGAACUAUUGGUGCCGAAAGCAACUACAAGAUGCUAAUAGGUUUGCUAACUGGUGCCCUCAGCCGGCGGCGAGAUUUUCGAAGUCUUGCUAAGCAGACCCAGAGACAAUUCGACAUUGAAAAGUCCCGCCAGAUGGCGAACAAUAUGGUUAUGAGAUCGUUACUCUACAGUCCCCUACCGAUGUACCAGCGCCUUCCGUCUCGAGUUGCGUGGCCUAUGGUGCAGCAGCCUUCGUCGUCAUUAUCAGCGGCAGGUCCGCAACGGCCGCCAAUCAAUCUGGUGCACAACAUCCCAUCUGCUACCAUCACCAUUGGCGGUCGGCCGGUCCUCUACGGGAAACAUCUCGUAGACCGGCCACGUCAGCCGCGAUAUUAUUUUUUUGACGGCGUGCCUCGAAAAGGGCAUACCAUCAGCCGUUUCAAUGAGCGCGAUCUUAAAAGCGUUGAGGAAACCUUUGAUACAACGUUUCCAAGCGCUCCUAUCAAGAGUACAUUUCGUUCCAUUGAGCGACCAAUGACAGCAGCGGUAUCACUGCCGUUGACUUCGCAAACACCGGCUAAGCAGACAGCCGCCACUGUCAAGAACGAUACACCUCUCGAGACCUCGUCCUCUGAGGGUCUUUUUCCAAUUCAGAAACCUCUGAAUUUUCUGGGUGGCCUCUCCGUUCGACAGCAAACGCUAUCGGCACCUCCAAAACAUCAGCCCAACGCGGACCAGCGGCAGCAAAAUUUUUCUAUGGAAAUUCCAUAUCUUAACACAAGCCUGCCAGCAGGCGUUCGGAUUGUGAUUCCUACAACGACAAGUACAACUAUGGCCCCAUCGCCAGUGAUUAAAUUCACCAAUCGAAUUGGCGACCGUAGAACAAGGCGCUCUACCACGAAUCAGACUGGCCCUCUCGACCGAGACCCUUCUAUGAUCCACCCUAUAUAUCAAGUUAAAAUAAAUCCUUUUGUCUACGCACAAGGUUUGCUUGCUACUAAAAAAGGUCAAGCUAACGUUAACAAUAAACCUGCGGUGCCUUUUUUUGAGUUUGUUGGUGAGGUGCGUCAGGGCAAUUCAAGCGAUCUGAAUAGUUCUACGGCCUUGCGCAGGAGUUGCACCUCACCGGAACAAGCCUUCCUGCAGACGGCUAAUAUCUCAAAGUAAGUCAUAAUCGCCUAGGACACCAUCAGUGUGAGAAGAUAUAGUUUACGCUAACGUUGAGUAAAUUUUCCCUUGGCUCAAGGUGCGGAUCGUUUUAGCCAGGGAGUGCAAAUACACCAAAAACUCUGCGGCAUAUUUAAUGAGACAUAAAAGCUUUAUUUAUUUCGCGGUCACAGUACCGCGUUGAACACAUCAAUUAUGUAAGGGAUGGCUUUUAUGAUGGCUAUAACUAACAAAUAAACAAACUAUGAUCUAUUAAAACGUCCAUACAAGCCUUAUAUAAUAUUGUAUAAUUUUUUUUUGCGUUUUCGCCUGCGCACAGGAUAGGGCUUAUGGUAUUUGAUGCUGCUGCAUUGGAACUGCUGU